AUGAGUCGGGUGGCUGCUCACGCGUCCCGUGCGGUUCGACGUGCCCCAGUAUGGAAAGUCGCCGGUAAACGGCCGAGUGCGCUAUCCAUCUGCAACAGCUCAGUGCAAAACUUGAGACACUAUUCCGGCGGUCGACGUCCUUCCUUUCUUCCGGCAGCACUCCAAACCUCGAUGCAUCUCCGAAACUUCUCGGUCGCCGUUAUCUCCACCGCUGUCGCCUCCGGAGCGUGGUACGCCUAUAACGGGGACGCCAAAGUCCAAUCCCUCGCAACCCAUAUUCGUGGAUUCGCCUCAAGUGCAAUCAAUUCCGCCCACGCCGAAGACCCAUCGGAUACCACGCGCCGAGCUUUAUUGGUGAGCAACGAUCAGUUUUAUACGGCUACGCUUUCGGGAGACCAGCCUCUAGCGAAGACGACCGACGACUCGGAUCGACGUGUCCUAAACAUGUUGACCCCGGAGCAGGCUACCGAGAAAUUGCGAAAGAACGAAGAAUCAUACCUAGUCAACAGAGGGAAAGGAGUCGUCCGAUAUGAUAUCGUCCAGGUUCCUAGCAACUCCCCAAUCGAGGACGACCACGCGGAGAUGAUUGUCGAGGUGCCAUCAGACGUGGCAGGAAAUACAAAUGGCGACCCCAACAGUGAUUGGAAUUUCUGGGCAGUCUUUGACGGCCAUUCGGGCUGGACAACAUCUGCCAAACUACGAAACGUCCUCAUCUCAUACGUCGCCCGCGAACUCAAUGCUACCUACAAGGCUGCCGCCGCCGAUCCCUCAGUAUUGAUUCCUACAUCCGAGGCCGUGGAUGCUGCUAUCAAGCUGGGCUUCGUUCGUCUCGAUGACGAUAUCGUCAACGCGAGCGUGGACAAAGUCCUCAAGGCGAAGUCUCGUCGUGUGGCUGCUGAACUUCUCGCUCCCGCCCUCUCGGGAUCAUGCGCUCUUCUUAGCUUCUACGACUCCCAUUCUAAGGACUUGAAGGUUGCAGUUGCAGGUGAUUCGCGCGUGGUCCUCGGCCGUCGUGGUCCCAGUGGGAAGUGGACUGCCAGGGCUCUGUCCGAGGACCAGACUGGUGGCACACCCUCCGAGAUCAAGCGUCUGCGUGAAGAACACCCUGGAGAACCAUAUGUCACUCGUAAUGGUCGUAUCCUAGGUCAACUAGAACCUAGCCGUUCAUUUGCAGUUUUUCGGCCGCACUCCCUCCCCCCACCUGAAGACUCCCCCCCCUAUGUUACCGCUGAGCCUAUCAUCACUACCACCAAGAUCGAUCCUUCGCAAGGCGACUUCAUCGUCAUGGCUACGGACGGUCUUUGGGAGAUGCUGAGUAACGAGGAGGUCGUUGGCUUGGUCGGUUCAUGGUUGGAACAACAGCAGUCCGGCAACGGUGGCAGCAAGGCUUGGCUGCAGAGCUGGUUCGGGUUUGACCAGAAGAAGCUCCCCGUGGAGGCAACCAACGAUGCCUCUGGCGAGGGCCAGCGCCGUCCUAUCCGCCAGCAGCAAUAUGACAUCUCCGGUGCGGAGAGCCGGUUUGUUGUCGAGGACAAGAACGCAGCCACUCACCUUGUCCGUAAUGCCAUGGGAGGCAAGGACAAGGACAUGGUCUCUGCACUUCUGACCUUGCCCAGCCCCUACUCUCGUCGUUAUCGUGACGAUGUGACCGUCGAGGUCAUUUUCUUUGGCCAAGGCCCCGACUCUCGCACCGUUGAGGUUAACAAGGAGGCCAGCGCUGCAGAAGAAACUCCGAAAUCGAAGCUUUAG